AUGGAGCUCGGUGACAAUGGAUUUCAUCACCAAGCCUCCGACAUUAAAGGACUCAGCGACGGGAACGAAGUACGACAGCAUCCUCACAGUGGUGGACAGACUCACCAAGUGGAGCUACUUCCUUCCCCCUACAAGGGAGUCAUGCUCGUGCAGAACAACUCGCAGACCGUGAUCUACCCGCAAUACGGACAGACGGAGCGACUCAACCAGAUCGUCGAGCAAUACCUGAGAGUGUAUAUCAACUUUCAGCAGGACGACUGGGUCGAGCUGUUGCCAACAGCGCAACUCGCCUACAACACCACCGUCACGGAGACCACGAAGGUCACGCCAUUCUUCGCGAAUUACGGCUACGAGCAGACUUGCGACAAGGGCCCGACGUUUCGGUACCCAGAGCGGGCAGUCAAGGCCGAUAGAAUGAGCUCGCUGCAUGCGAUGCUCAAAGAAGAACUCGAGUUCGUACGAACCAGGAUGAAGAAGUUCUACGACAGGAACAGGCUCGAGGGACCUCGCCUAGAAGAGGGGGGCAAAGUUUACCUCAUUUCUCGAAAUCUUUGCACGAAGCGACCAAGCAGGAAGCUCGGUUUUCGCAAAAUCGGACCACUUCAAGAUCGACAAAAAGAUUUCGGAGAACAACUACGCACUCGUGUUACACUCAACCAUGCGACUACGGACCAACGUCUUCCACAUCUCGCUUCUGGAACCAGCGCCGAAGAACGCACGACUCGACAAGGACGUUGA